ACACUGCGCAAGAUGACACAUUGUCAAAAUCAACUGAUCAAUCUGAAUACAAAUGUAAUGUGUCCGGUAGUUCAACUGUUCGCGCUCAUUGUCAGAAUCAACUGAUCAGUAUGAGCGUGACGAUACUCUACCUAUCGAUGAAAAGAUGGCAGGUGGCAAUGUUCAGAGUUUAACUCGUUCUGCGAAAAAGUUGCACACGCCUAUUUCCAGAGCAGACACGUCCAAAGAAUCAUCGCUCGGUGCUGAUCAAGAAUUGAGAAAGUCUACAGCAACCACGCCUGCUAAACAAAGUACCCAACUUGAGAGAUCUAUUCGCUCUGGACAAAAAUCAGGUGAUCAAGACCACAGCGCCAAAUCAUUCGUUGAUCAGGGUUCAGAUAUUGAAAUGCCGGAUGAGUCUUUACCAGUUGACAGAUCAACUCGUUCUGGAAAGAAACUGCCGGAGUCACCGUUUGUUCUGAGUGACGUUAGUGCUGAAUCCUUCGAGUCGGACGAAUCUGCUGGUCCAGAGGAAUUGGCUUUUUCUAUGGAAGAAAGCUCAAGGGUUUCCAGCUUGAAGAUGAAAAGCCACGAUUCAACUAAUUCUGUUGGCAAAGAUGCGGUAAAAAAAUCUUUAGCUUCGAAUUAUGUUAGCGCCGAUGAAGAAUUGGACAGUGAAAAGGACGAGUCUGCAAGUCCAAAAAAAUUGACUCGUUCCGUGAAAAAGUUGCAAGGUGAUUCACCAAACUUCUCAAAUGAACCAAGCACCCGAGUAGAGAAAAGUAUUAGUAUUGAUUUGACUGAUGUUAGUGCCGAAGAAGAUAUAGCUGAGGCGUUGUCAGAACCAGAUGGAUCUAUGACGAGUACACCAGCCAGGCAGAGUUUAUUGCCGAUUCGAAGAUCAACUCGUUCUGUAAAGAAGUCAACUAAUUCACCUACCAAUUUGAGGGAGCAAAACAGUCCAAACAAUUUAAAUUUAUCAAACGCCAAAGAACUGCCAAGCCCUGCGGUGGACGAUGAAGAAUUGGCAGAAUCUUUACCAGAGUCGGAUGGUGAAAUACUAGACAAAUCUUCAACGAGAACACCUGCCAGUCAAAGCAGAUUGACUCGUUCUGCUAUCAAGUUACAAGCACUUGAUGAUGGAAGUGAUUCUACUGGUGAGGUUUCGUUUGAAAACUUGCAUGUAACAAACGAUGUGCCAUCCUCUGCUAAGAAAAGUAUUGGUCAAGUUGCGGUUGAGGUGAGUUGCGAAGAAUUGAAUCAAUCUUUGCUAGAGUCCGGUAUUGAAUUGCAAGAUGAGUCUCUAAUGCAAACACCUGACCGAAAAUCAAUUGGUUCUGUGAACAAAUCGCAGGUUUCAAGUCGUUCAACUGAUUCUGAGGCUGAUUCUAUUAGUCAAGGAGACUCUCAGCAAAGUACUACAAGAACUCCUACCAAAAAAUCACCAAAGUCAAGCGGUCAUGAAUCUGAUGGUGCAGUGAAAGGUGAAACACCUGCCAAUCGAAGAAAAUCGUCUAGGUCUACCAAAAAAUCGCCACCAAUUCAUAAUUCAACUGAUUCUAAAAACUGUGUUGUAACAAAGGUCAAUGAACUGUUAUUGGUAGAUGACAGUGCUAAGGAAGAGCUCAGCAACGUGGUGGAAACACCAGCUAAACUCACUGCCGUAGAAGAGUUGAAUCGUUCGGGUGAUUCGGUUCAAGGAGAUCCUCAGGAGAGUGGUACAAAGACGCCAUCGGCCAAAAAACCACAUGGCAGUGAAAUGGAAGAGAGAUCUGCGACAAGAACGCCUGCCAGUCAAAGAAAAUUGACUCGUUCUGCCAAAAAGUUACUAGUACUUCAUGAUUCAAUUGAUUCAGUAUCUAUCACCUCAGAUGCAACAAGCGCCAAUGAUCUGUCAUUCAUAGAUGAAGAAGAACCCGGAUCAAGUACAAGACUUAUCGAGAAAACACCCCCUAAACAGACUACACCAUUUCGAAAAACCACUCGCUCUGCAAAGAAGAUACAACAAUCGAGUCAUUCAACUGAUGGUAAUAAUCAAGAAGGCCGUCAGUCACUUGAUGCAAGAACUCCAUCUGGCAAUCAGAAAAAAUCCAGUGCUGUUGAACAUGACGAAAUUGUUAAUGAAGCGCUUCAUGAGUCUACUGAUUCUAACAGUGAGUCUUUACCUAGUGUCUCAGAUGUCACGGACGUCGUAGAACUACCAUUGGUAGAUGACAGCGCUAUAGAAAAGGGACAAGAUGAUCAGUCGAUACCGAGAACACCUGCCAAACAGAGUGCUACGCCAGUGCGACUUACCACUCGCUCUGUGAAGAAGUUGCAAGAAUCAACUCGUUUGGCUAGUCACGAAGAUACUCAGGAACGUGGUACAAGGACUCCAUCUGCAGGACGAAGUGCCAAGAAACCACUGAAGUCCAUUGCUAUUGCAGAAUUGUUCGAGGGUGGUGAUGAAAUGACAGGAACGCCUGGCCGUCAAAGAAAAUUGACUCGUUCUGCCAAAAAGUUACCAGUACUUCAUGAUUCAAUUGAUUCAGUAUCUAUCAGCUCAGAUGCAACAAGCGCCAAUGAACUGUCACACAUAGAUGAGGAAGAUUUGGAAGAGCCCGGAUCAAAUGCGAGACUUAUCGAGAAAACACCCGCUAAACAGACUACACCAUUUCGAAAAACCACUCGCUCUGCAAAGAAAGUACAACAAUCGAGUCAUUCAACUGAUUCUAAUAAUCAAGAAGGCCGUCAGUCACUUGAUGCAAGAAGUCCAUCUGGCAAUCAGAAAAAAUCCAGUGCUGUUGAACAUGACGAAAUUGUUAAUGAAGCGCUUCAUGAGUCUACUGAUUCUAACAGUGAGUCUUUACCUAGUAUCUCAGAUGUCACGGACGUCGUAGAACUACCAUUGGUAGAUGACAGCGCUAUAAAAAAGGGACAAGAUGAUCAGUCGAUGCCGAGAACACCUGCCAAACAGAGUGCUACGCCAGUUCGACUUACCACUCGCUCUGUGAAGAAGUUGCAAGAAUCAACUCGUUUGGCUAGUCAUGAAGAUACUCAGGAAAGUGGCACAAGGACUCCAUCUGAAGGACGAAGUGCCAAGAAACCACCGAUGUCGAUUGCUGUUGCAGAAUUGUUCAAGCCUGGUGAUGAAAUGACAGCAACGCCUGGCAAUCAAAGAAAAUUGACUCGUUCCGCCAAAAAGUUACCAGGACUUCAUGAUUCUGAGACAUUACCUACCAGCUCUGAAGAACUGCCAUUGGUAGACGACAGCGCUGAGGAAGAGCCGGUAUCGAAAGUAAACCAAGACGACCAAUUGACGCUCAGAACGCCUGCUAAACAGAAUGCUACGCCGGUUCGGAGAUUCACUCGUUCUGUAAAGAAGCUGCCAGAAUCGACCCAAGAUCUUCAGGAUAGUCAUGCGAAGACUCCUCAAAUACUGAGCGCCAAAAAACCAUUGAAGUCAAGUGCUAUCAAAUCUGGCGAUGAAAUGGAAGACGGGUCUGCGACAAGGACGCCUGCCAAUAAACGAACAUUGACUCGUUCCGCGAAAAAGCUACCAGUGCUUCAUGAUACAAAUGAUUCAGUGCCAUUGAUAGGUGAAAGUGCCAAGGAAGAGUCCGAAUCAAAAUCACGAGACGGACAAGAUGAUAAAUUUAUUAUGAAAACGCCCGCAAAACAAAAUGCUACGCCGAUUCGAAUGCCAACUCGAUCUGCAAGGAAGACGCAACAAUCUAAUAAUCAAGAAGGCGCUCAACCAAAUAGUAUCAAGUUACCAAAGUCGGUUUCUGAUGAAGAAUUGGUCAAAUCUGAUGGUGAAAUGGAAGACGAAUCUGCAAUAACCACGCCCAUCACUCGUUCUGUAAAAAAGUUGCCAACACUUCCCGAUUCAAUUGAUUCUAACUACGAAGUCUUGGAGGUCAAAGAACUGUCAUUGAUAGAUGAGGAAGAAUUGAAAGAACCCGUGUGCAAUGUCCCCGAUGAACAAAGCCCGGGUAAACAAAAUUUGACACCAAUUCGACAAACUCGUUCUGUAAAGAAGUCAAGUGAUUUGAAUUCUAAUGUUAAUAAACCUGAUGAUUUGGAGUCAAAACCACUAGCUUCAAAAGAAUCAAGUGACAAUGAAGAACUUGAUGAAGUUGUAAUAGGAACACCGGCUGCUAGAGAAACUGUUGCAAAUGUUCUAAAACUGACUCGUUCAAUGAGCAAGUUAAGCGAGGAGAAUUCCUCUUCUGGAUCAAAACAAACAACUCCACAAGCUUUGAGACUUAAUCCAAUUGAGAAAAGUUCGAAAAAAUCUGCCAUGAAAACUCCACUUACCAACCAGAUGGCUCCAAGUCCUGCCACGUUAACGCGUUCCAUGAGGAAAAAGCUUAAUUUUGGUGAGCAUACUCCAACUUCCAACCAAAAUGUUACUGACAGUGUUUCCGACUUCCAAGACAACGAAAAUAUCUUAUGCCAAGAAUCUGUAGACAAUUUCGCAGGCACUACAGCUGGUUGUGAUGAUGAAAAUGAGUCACUAUCCAAGCGAAAAUCUUCAAUCUCUAAUAUGCCGGCGGUUGAAGAUUUCCUGAUUGCGCCGAUGCCAGAAGAGACCAAACGCAAACGGUCGCCUGAUUUGUUAAGCCCGAGAGAUCCCAAAAGGAGAAGAAAACCAACGCCUCAAUCGCCAGCGAAUGAUCUGACCGAUGUAAAGGGGGUGAAGAAAAUGUUUGCCACGCCCAAACCCCAGCCGUCUCCGAAGAAUGAUCUUAGCGACGUGAAGAAACUGCUAAAGACGCCACAAAUUCGGGAACUUCCGGAAAAUGAGAGUCCAAUUCAAAACAGUUCGAAAAAAUCUGCUAUAAAGACUCCGCUUACCAACCAGAUUGCACCAAGUCCUGUAGCACUAACGCGUUCUAUGAGGAAGAAGCUUAAUUUCGGUGAGCAUACCCCAACCUCCAACCAAAGUGAUACCAAUAGCGUUUGCGACUCCCAAGAGAGUGAAAAUGCACCGGUCCCAUCUGUGCAGGGUGAUAUUAUCUUAUCCGAAGAAUCUGCAGACACUACAACUAUUCGUGAUGGAUCACCAAAAUCUUCGAUCUCUAAUUUACCAGCGGUUGACGAUUUCCCGAUUGCACCCGUGUCCGAAGAGAGCAAACGCAAACGGUCGCCUGAUUUGUCAACCCCGAGAGACCCGAAAAGGAGAAGAAAGCCAAUACCAAAGUCGCCAGCUAAUGAUCUUACUGACGUUAGGGGAGUGAAGAAACUGCUAAAGACGCCAAAAGUGCAGGAGCUUCCGGAAAAUGAUUUGCGCGAUGUGAGAGGUGUACGCCACUUGUUUGAAGCCAAACGGGUGCAGUCUCCGAAGAAUGAUCUGACCGACGUUCGAGGUGUGAAGAAAAUGUACGCCACGCCCAAAAUUCAGCAGCCCCCCAAGAACGAUUUGGGCGAUGUUCGCGGCGUGAAAAUGGUAUUGAAAACGCCCAAGGUUCAAAAAGAACCCAAGAACGAUUUGAGCGAUCUUAGAGGCGUAAAGCGAGUGCUGGGAACGCCCCAAAUUCAAAAUGAACCGGAGAACGAUUUGCGUGACGUUCGAGGUGUUCGACACCUAUUUGAAGGAAAACAAAUGCGCACCCCUGUAAACGACCUGACGAAUGUUAGGGGGGUCAAGCAGCUCUACGCGUCGCCAAGAGCUCGCCGAUCUCCCAGGAACGAUAUAACUGACGUUAAGGGCGUGAAAAAGCUGUUGAAAACCCCAAGGCCACAGAGAGAGCCGAAAAAUGAUCUGACCGAUGUAAGGGGCGUUCGAGGUUUAUUUGAACCAGCAGUGUCGCGUUCCCCAACUAACGACCUUAGUGAUUUCAAAGGUGUCAGAAAGAUGUUCAGAACACCUUCGCAAAAAGCUGACAAGUCGAUGGACCUAUCGGGUGUCGCCAAUUUAUUCGAGGACGAAUUUGAUAGGCUAAUUGAAAGGAAACCGAUGAGACAAUAUCCCGGUAAAGCGUCACCGAAGAAGAGCCCGCUGACGCGCGAGCAUAAGCCGCUUUUUGAUUCAUCUAAGCCCAUGGAGUCGCCCGUAGAAAAAUGGGUAGAAGAACAAAAUCUCGAAUUGUUGGGAAAGAAUUUGGAAUCGUCUCAAAUCUUAUCGGAAAUUCAAAAUAAAUCCGUGGUUAAUGUUUUCUGCAAUACGUCCACUCCGAUUAGCAAGACUAGCAAAGAAAAUUUCGCACCGCACUUACUUACCCCGGACAGGGAGGAUGGUUACGACAGCGAGGGAAGUAAACGCGUUAGACGUUUGUCUGCAAAGCUUGCCGAUCAUAUACUUGGUACAAACUCACGAAGGCAGAGCAGUGUAGAGGACAGUGUAGAAACGAAGAACGUUGCUCAACUAGAGGAUGUUGUGAAGGAAUCUGUGCAUGAUCAAGAAACACAGCCUUUCAUAGACUCGAGCAUCAAACCGAACGAGUCUAAAAGUGAGAGUCAAGUGAGAACUACACGCAGAAGAGAAGCUAAAAUUGCAAAAAUUCAAAAAGCAGAAACUGGUAGUGAUUUAACUGACAAUCAGAAGAAGAAGGAAGUGGAUGUAGGUAGACCGAAACGUAAACGUAUUGAAUCAAAAGCGGGUGAUAGUGGGAAUAAUACAGAUGACAAUUUCGUGGUGCCCAAGCGAAAUCUGCGCCGGAAAGCUCCGGAUAACCGCAAAGACGAAAGUGUAAUAGAACUUUCUGAUGCAAGCAAUGUGUCCGAAGCUCAGGUUACUUCAACACGAGCAACCAGAAACCGAUUGAAUCAAAAAAAUAAGAAACUUGAAGUGAGUGACAAAAAAAUUGAGCCAAAAUCGCAAAGAAGUCGCCGCAUUAACCAAUCCAAUCAAGAAGUUGACCUUCCCGAACAGGAAAGUUCCAUUCAACUUGUAAAUUUGGUGGAUAGUAAAGUGGAAACUGAACCGGUACAAUCCCGGUCGACAAGAGCUCGUAGUGCCAAGCAAGUAAACCAAGAUGAUACAACAGAUGAGGACGCAAAACCUGCACUUGCUCGCAACCAGAAACCUGAGGUUAUCUCACGGGCCAAAACGGGCCGUUUUGCUAAAAUUGAGCAUCAGGAAGUCAACUCAACUGAUGACGAUUCAACUAUCAAAGCUGCAUCAACUCGCAAACAGAAGUUGGUUAAAAAAGAAGAACCAAUGCAACCCCGAUCAACGCGAAACAAGAAAGCUGCUGUGCAGUUACAGCCCGAUUCUGAGUGUGAAGAAAUUGAUGAUUCAACUGUUAAACUUAGAUCAACUCGUAGAGCCAAAAAAGAAGAGGUAAUUGCUGAACCAACACAACCUCGAUCAACGCGCAACAAGAAGGCGACGGCGCAAAGAGAUUCUGAAUCUGAGUAUAGAGAAGAUGAGACAACUGACGAUGAUUCAACUCUUAAACCUAGAUCCACUCGUAGAGCCAAAAAAGAAGUCACUGCUGAAGCUCGAUCGAUACGCCACAAAAAGGCCGUGGUGCAAAAACAUUCUGAACCUGAGCAUAAAGAAGAUGAAACAACUGAGGACGACGAUUUGAUUGCCAAACCUACAUCAACUCGUAGAGCAAAAAAAGAAGCACCAACGCGCAAUAAGAAGACGGUGGUGCCAAAAGAUUCUGAAGCAGAGACAACUGAUGAUGAUUCAACUGUUAAACCUAGAUCAACUCGUAGAGUCAAGAAAGACGAAGUAUUCGUUGAACCAAUGCAGCCCCGAUCGACACGAAACAAGAGGGCUGUGGUAAAAACAAAUCAAGAACUUGACACAACCGAUGAUGAUACAACUAUCAAUCCUGCAUCAACUGGUAGCCAGAAACAUCCUAAAUCAACGAGAAAAAUCAAUAAAAAGACAGUAGGAGAAGAUACGGACGAACGAGUUGUACCCACUAGAUCAACAAGAGCGCGCGCCGCAGCAAACAAUAAUUUGGAGUCGCCGGAAAUCGAAAUAAAAGAGACCCGUAAACGUGGCAGGAACCAGGUGGACACGGAGAUUGUGGAGAAAAAUGGCACGGCAAAAAAAGCGAAAAAAAGUUCGAAAGAAAUUGUUGAGGAAGCGAUGGUAGAGUUGUCCACCAGAAGGGCACGGCGAGUUGUCACAUUUGCUGAAGAGAAAGGAUCUGAUUCUCAACCGACCACGAGGUCGAGACGAAAAAUAUUGACUUAGAUUUGUUUUAAUAGAGUAUAAGUACAAAUUUAGAUUUUUACAUUAUUUUAGUUUUUUGUAAAUAUACCUCUUUUUAUUAAAUGCAUUAAGAUACAUUUUUACUAUUCUGUUUACAAAGCAGACAUUCGAAUUACUUUAUUAUUUACAUAAACUUUUAAAUAAUAUAGCAAAGAUCUGCCAUCUGGUUCAGUUUUAUGAACUAGGUAUAUGUUUAUUUUUUUAGAUUUAGAUUGCCAUAUUGUUAGAUUUAGAAAUUUAUGCCAAUCUUCACAUAGAUCUCCAUAUAAUGUCUGUCAUUAAAAAGAAUAAACAAG